UAAUGUCCUGUUUGCCAGUCUGUUGACCCUCUGUGUUCCCCUCCUGCAGGUUUUAGGAGCCGUUGCUGUGGACGGAGAGACGGGGACGUGAGUGGCCAUUGAGGGCGGCCAGGGUGCCGUGAGCCCCCCAUCUGCUCGGUGUGCGGGCUGAGCUUCGAGGGGCUGAGCAUCGAUGGAGGACCACAUGAUGGGGCACAACAAGGAGAAGCGUUAUAAGUGCGAUGUGUGGCAAGGCCUGGCAGCAUUCGAGCCUGCUGGAGACCCCCUGGCGGGUGCACACGGGAGAACGCCCCUUCGACUGCUCGGAGUGCGGCAAGAACUUCACCCGAUACGAAACCGUGUGCGAGAUGCCCUUCGGCUGCUCCAACUGUAUCAAGAGGUUCACCCGCUCGAACAGCCUGCUGGAGCACUGGCAAACACACAGCGGCGAGCACUGCCUCACCUAUGCCCUGUGCGGCAAGGGCUUCACCUGCUCUUCCAAGCUGCUUUCCCACCAGCAGGUAUACUCCAGUGACUGCCCCUUCACCAGGCCCUUCGGCUGCUCUGAUAGCGGCAUGGACUUCAAGACAGGUUAUGACCCGAAGGCCCACCGGCGAGUGCACAUGGGCGAGAAGCCCUUGAGCUGCUCCACCAAGCCGUCAAUUCCUCGAGGCUACGGGUGCACUGGCGGUGUGGAAGGAAAAUUAAUAUCCUACCUUACUUAAUUUUGAUUGGAAUUGAAUAAGGUAAGGAAAGGGAGCUUAUGUUUGGCUUGGAAAGGGGAUGGUGGCGUAUUGUGUUUAAGAAGGAACUGCGGAUGCUGGAAAAUCGAAGUUUCUCCAGCAUUUUUGUGUGCCCUUGUAUUGUGUUUGACUUGUGUUAACCAUCUGUUGUUGAAUAAGAUUAACAUAAGCGACAAGCAUGUUAGUGAAUAAUGAAAUAAUUGGUAUCCGUGUAGUUGAUAGAAUAUUUUCAUUGAUUAGUAUCUAACAACAGUACAAAAAUUUUUGUUUACUGCACAGUAUAACUGUCCUCUAAUUCUGAUGUGAAGUCAGAGAACUGGUGGGUAAUUUACUGUCAUUAUGUCUCCAUGAUAUCAUGCAAUAAAGUAUUUUUGAAGCAAA